UGUCCGGUCCGGAACCCACAGCUCCGUUCUCGGAGUCCAAGUUCGUCCCGGCCGGGUAUCGGGCCGGAUAAUGAGGAAGGAGGGUGUGGUGGGUUGACAGCCUUCGUACUGUACUCCCAAGUUGGAGCGUGGAUUCAGUUUUAGUCUUUUAAGAAGGAAGUGAGAUUGGAGGUUUUUAUUUUUUGGGAUAGAACCAGGUGGACUCUAGGGCCCUCUAAAGCAGGAGGAUUUAACUUAAUGCUGCUCGCGUGUAUGAAGGAGGGCUAAAAAAAGUCCCACCUGGCAAAAUUUCCAUAACCUCAUCAAGUAGAAAACACCGGGUAUCUUUUAAAUCGCGAUAGUUUUCGUUGUGUGUCAAGCUUUCUUCAGGUGAAGCUCCCAGGCAGCUAGGUUUUAGGUUUGAAACAGAUGCAGAAUCCAAAGGCAGCGCAAAAAACAGCCACCGAUUUUGCUAUGUCUCUGAGCUGCGAGAUAAUCAGACAGCUAAAUGGAGUCUGAGCAGCUGUUCCAUAGAGGCUACUAUAGAAACAGCUACAACAGUAUAACAAGCGCAAGUAGUGAUGAGGAGCUUUUAGAUGGAGCAGGUGUGAUUAUGGACUUUCAGACUUCCGAAGAUGACAAUUUGUUAGAUGGUGACACAGUAGUUGGAACUCAUUAUACAAUGACUAAUGGAGGCAGCAUUAACAGUUCUACCCACUUACUGGAUCUUUUGGACGAGCCGAUCCCAGGCGUUGGUACUUACGAUGAUUUCCAUACUAUCGACUGGGUUAGAGAGAAAUGUAAAGACAGAGAAAGGCAUAGGCGGAUCAACAGCAAAAAGAAAGAAUCAGCAUGGGAAAUGACAAAAAGUUUGUAUGAUGCGUGGUCAGGAUGGCUUGUAGUAACACUAACAGGAUUGGCAUCAGGGGCAUUGGCUGGAUUAAUAGACAUUGCUGCUGAUUGGAUGACAGACCUGAAAGAGGGCAUUUGCCUUAGUGCAUUGUGGUACAACCAUGAACAGUGUUGUUGGGGAUCUAAUGAGACAACAUUUGAAGAGAGAGAUAAAUGUCCACAGUGGAAAACAUGGGCAGAGUUAAUCAUAGGUCAAGCAGAGGGUCCUGGUUCUUACAUCAUGAAUUAUAUCAUGUACAUCUUCUGGGCCUUGAGUUUUGCUUUUCUUGCAGUUUCUCUGGUAAAGGUAUUUGCUCCCUAUGCCUGUGGCUCUGGCAUUCCAGAGAUUAAAACUAUUUUGAGUGGAUUCAUCAUCAGAGGUUACUUGGGCAAAUGGACUUUAAUGAUUAAAACCAUCACAUUAGUACUGGCUGUGGCAUCAGGCUUGAGCUUAGGAAAAGAAGGUCCCCUGGUCCAUGUUGCCUGUUGCUGUGGAAAUAUUUUUUCCUACCUCUUUCCAAAGUAUAGCACAAAUGAAGCUAAAAAAAGGGAGGUGCUGUCAGCUGCCUCAGCUGCAGGUGUUUCUGUAGCUUUUGGCGCACCGAUUGGAGGAGUGCUUUUUAGCCUGGAGGAGGUUAGCUAUUAUUUUCCUCUCAAAACUUUAUGGAGAUCAUUUUUUGCUGCUUUAGUGGCUGCAUUUGUUUUGAGAUCCAUCAAUCCAUUUGGUAAUAGCCGUCUGGUUCUUUUUUAUGUGGAGUAUCAUACACCAUGGUACCUUUUUGAACUGUUUCCUUUUAUUCUCCUUGGGGUAUUUGGAGGGCUUUGGGGAGCCUUUUUUAUCAGGGCAAAUAUUGCCUGGUGUCGCCGCCGCAAAUCCACCAAAUUUGGAAAGUAUCCUGUUCUUGAAGUCAUUAUUGUUGCAGCCAUUACUGCUGUGAUAGCCUUCCCUAACCCCUACACCAGACUAAAUACCAGUGAACUGAUUAAAGAGCUUUUCACAGACUGUGGGCCCCUGGAAUCCUCUUCUCUUUGUGACUACAGAAAUGACAUGAAUGCCAGUAAAAUUGUUGAUGAUAUUCCCGAUCGUCCAGCAGGCAUUGGAGUAUAUUCAGCUAUAUGGCAGUUAUGCUUAGCCCUCAUAUUUAAAAUCAUAAUGACAGUAUUCACUUUUGGUAUCAAGGUACCCUCAGGCUUGUUCAUCCCCAGCAUGGCCAUUGGAGCAAUUGCAGGAAGAAUUGUGGGGAUCGCAGUGGAACAGCUGGCAUACUAUCAUCACGACUGGUUCAUCUUUAAGGAAUGGUGUGAGGUUGGGGCUGACUGCAUUACACCUGGCCUUUAUGCCAUGGUUGGUGCUGCUGCAUGCUUAGGUGGUGUGACAAGGAUGACUGUCUCCCUGGUGGUUAUUGUUUUUGAGCUUACUGGAGGUUUGGAAUAUAUUGUUCCCCUUAUGGCUGCAGUGAUGACCAGUAAAUGGGUUGGCGAUGCCUUUGGUAGGGAAGGCAUUUAUGAAGCGCACAUCCGGUUAAAUGGAUACCCUUUCUUGGACGCAAAAGAGGAAUUCACUCAUACCACUCUGGCUGCUGACGUCAUGAGACCUCGAAGGAACGAUCCCCCUUUAGCUGUCCUGACACAGGACAAUAUGACAGUGGAUGAUAUAGAAAACAUGAUAAACGAAACCAGCUACAAUGGCUUUCCUGUUAUAAUGUCAAAGGAAUCUCAGAGAUUAGUGGGAUUUGCCCUCCGAAGAGACUUGACGAUUGCAAUAGAAAGUGCCAGAAAAAAACAAGAAGGUAUCGUCGGCAGUUCUCGGGUGUGUUUUGCACAGCACACCCCAUCGCUUCCAGCAGAGUCUCCUAGGCCAUUAAAGCUUCGAAGCAUUCUUGACAUGAGCCCUUUCACCGUGACAGACCACACCCCAAUGGAGAUUGUGGUGGAUAUUUUCCGAAAGCUGGGUCUGAGGCAGUGCCUUGUAACUCACAAUGGGAUUGUCUUGGGGAUCAUCACAAAGAAGAAUAUAUUAGAGCAUCUCGAGCAACUAAAGCAGCACGUCGAGCCCUUGACGCCUCCUUGGCAUUAUAACAAAAAAAGAUAUCCUCCGUCAUAUGGCCCAGACGGCAAACCAAGACCCCGCUUCAAUAAUGUUCAACUGAAUUCUGUAGAUGAGGAGAGAGAGGAAACAGAAGAGGAAGUUCAUUUGUUGAAUAGCACAACUCUUUAACCUGAGGGAGUCGACUACUUUUUUCCUUCUUUAAAAAAAAAAAAGUAAAGAAAAUGUAAAAGCCAGGUUUUUGCAACGUGGUUUGCAAAUAAUGCUGGUGGAAUGGAGGAGUUGUGUGGGGAGGGAAAAGAGAGAGAGAAGUGAAGGAGAGAUAUUUUUCCCAUCUGAGAACAGCAAAUCAACUCCUGUUGUUCUGCACUGGAUGCAUUCAUCUGAGGACGUGCUGUGAUAGUGCAGGCCUGAGCCACGACGGAAUGACACUGGAGUCCUUGACAUCUGGCCAGUUACUCCAACAUCGCAGAGACGCACUAUCAGUCCCCAUUUCUGGAGGGAUUACUUUGAAUUGAGCCAUCUAUAAGACUGUGAGGUUUUGCCCUUUUUUUAUCAAAACUGUUCUGUUUAAUUCAUGAAUUGUAUAGUUAAGCAUUACCUUUCUACAUUCCAGAAGACCUUUUAUUUCUUUCUCUCUCUCUCUCUCCUGACCUGUAACAAAGCCUCUUUGAAUUGUUGUAUCAUUUUGAAGCAGUCCUUUCUCAUAUUGAGAUGUACUGUGAUUUUACUGAGGUUUCAUCACAAGAAGGGAAUGUUUCUUGUGCCAUUAACCAUGUAGUUUGUACUACCAAUAACUGGAACAGUGCACACGCACCACAACAAAGGCGGAUCAAACAGGUAAAAUCUCAAACGAAGCAUGAAUGAAAUCUCUCAGCUUGUGUGCUGUGUGGUUCAGAAUCAGAAACAAUGAAACUUGACUUUAACGGAUAAACAGUUUUCUUUGUUUUUUUUUUUCCUCUCAGACUUUAUGGAUAAUGUGACCUGGUCUUAUGCAAAUUUUCUAUUUCUAAAACUACUAUGAUAUACAAGUGCUGUUCAGCGUAAUUAAACAAAAUGCUGCUGCUUUGAUGGUAAAGAGAAGGAAGUAUUCUGUUUAGCUGUACCUGGUAUUAAUUGCAUGUUAAAACUGGAAUUUUUUUUUCUUGAAAUUAGAUCAUUCAUUCUUUUCUUUCCUCAAGAUAUUUCACGGCUGACACUGGAGAAGAAAUGUAAUUCAUAACUUGCACUAAAUGUAUAUUUCUUUUCUUAAAAAUUUACCAUUCUUAUUUAUAUUUUUAUGGAUUAAAAUUUAUAAAAUACAGAUAAGUUAAUAUCGCACUUAAAUAAUUUUACCUUUUUAAUGUGAUUUUUAUAGACUAAUUCAGACUUACAAAUAUGGAGAUAUGAACAAAGUUUACAAUGGGAACAAGGGUUUAAAAAGAGGUGUGGUUACUUCUCUAUGAUCUAGUGUGUACAUAAACCUUUUCCGGAUCUUUCACUGCCAUCUCCUGGAUUACGUCUUCUGACCUGUCCAUUUUGACCUGUUAACUGGAAAGGUGAAACACUACAAAUUACUUUGUAGAUUAAAGCCAAAAGUUAAAUAGUGUUAACCUUUGUAAAAAAAUCAAACAAGAAAAAAAUGAAAAUAACGAAUUGCAAAGGUAGUAAAUUUUAAUGUGAACACAAUCUUUGAAUCUUGGGAUAGGUCAUGUCCUUAUUUAAAGUGUUCUGUAAUGGUUUGAAUUAUCUAUAAGCAUAUAUUCUUGAAGAAUGAGCUAAAAUGAACUGGAAUGUGUAGGCCUUUUGAUUUUGGAAAUGUCUGAUUUAAUCAUGAUCUUAGUUCACAAUUGGCAAAAGACAGUUUAGUCAAAAGACUGACCUAAAUAUUCUGUGAUUAUGAAUUUUUGAUAGGAAAAUUAAAUUUUGCAGACAGACAUUUUCUGAAACACAACUGACGAUGAACCAUUUUUACAUUAUGGAAGUGAUUUUUCACUUCUGAGCUCUUAAUACUAAUAUACCUGUAAGAUCCAAAAGACUUAUAAGAUCAUGAAGCCAUAUUUAAAUGAUUCAAAGUUGAGCAAACUUUUGGGAAUUUUGUGGAGCAUUCUUAGCUGUACUGUCUGCCUAAAUUAGUGAUUUUGUUCUCUUUAUUUCCCUCUUUGGCCGAUUUCAAAUUUUCAUCACAGCCCCCUCAAAGUUUUUUUUUUUUUUUUUUUUUUUGCCAUUCACAAUGAAUCAUUUCUAAGUGAUAGUUCUCUACAUCUCCCACUUGUUCUAAGUGUAUUCACAAUGUGUGAGGUGCUACUAGAGUGUUAACUCAUCAGUGUGGCUAUUAGCUUAGUAGCCUUUCAAGAAGAAAUGAGUGUCUUUCCAGAUAGCUUCAUACAUGAAAUUUCACAUGGAUUUUCUUUUCCACAAAUCCCUUUUUGACUUCUGGUCCUACUCUCAUCUUGCCUCAGACUGACAUUUCAGGGUGGAUAUUAGAAAUUAAUUUUCUUCAUUGGCUUUUUCUAUCCCUGGUGUCUUACUGCUGAAGUAAGGAAAAGGAAAAGUGCCGUAUUUUUAAUGCAUUCGAUGGUUUUCUUUGAUUUAACUGUUCCAUUUUUCUUUUUAAUGCAUUGAAGUGUGUCUGCUUCUCAACCAAACGAUGAAAUACUGGAGACUAUGAAAUAUAUGUGCCUGGCUAAUUGACAAAUUAAUUGACCAAUAUAAUAAUGUAGCGCCUUAUUUGAGUACCCUUAUUGAGAAGGUAUGAUGAGAAUGGGCAAGGUGUCAGCAUCUCUUAUUAAUAAUUGUUUUCAGUUUUGGUUCAUGAAGAAUGCUUAGUUCGUUAAUCUGUGAUGUUGCCUAGAGCUGUAUUUAUCUGUUUUUAUUUAUACUAGUGUAGUAAAGCUGCGUAUCAUUACAGUAAAAAUGGUUACUGUAAUGAGUUAAUCAGAAAAUCUAUUAAAAUCUAUAUGACAA